AUGCGGCUCCUCCACACCCGGAAUCUUCAACUUGAGACGUUUAUCGGCAAGAAAACUCCAGGUUAUGCCAUCUUGUCACACACUUGGGGUGACGAUGAGGUUCUCUUCCAGGACCUCGAAUCUGGGCCCAUCCAGAAUUGGCGAGAGCGGCGCGGUGCUUCAAAGGUCCUAGGUGCUGCUGCACAAGCGGCAUCAGACGGCUACACCUAUAUCUGGAUCGAUACCUGUUGCAUCGAUAAGAGUAGCAGUGCAGAACUUUCAGAGGCCAUCAACUCCAUGUAUGCAUGGUAUAAACGCUCCAGAGUUUGCUACGCAUAUCUCGAGGACAUACUUAUACCCGAUGCUACGCUUCUUGGGCUCAGCCGUUGGUUCACUCGAGGUUGGACUCUUCAAGAGCUCAUCGCGCCAAGCGAUGUUCGAUUCUUCACCUCUUCCUGGGAGUUUCUCGGUCGCCGUGACCAGUUGGCAAAGUCAAUCUCCGAGAUCACUCGCAUAGACCCGCACGUGUUGAAAUUUGGACAGCAGACACCGCUUGAGACAUAUCCCAUCGGCCAGAGAAUGACUUGGGCUGCUGGACGAACCACGACAAGAACAGAGGACAUGGCGUACUGCUUGUUGGGGCUGUUUCAGGUAAACAUGCCACUGCUAUACGGUGAGGGACGCAAAGCGUUUCUAAGGCUACAGGAAGAGAUUUUGAAGCAGUCCACAUCGAAAGAUCAUUCGAUUUUACUGCACAGGGAAUCGGGUCACAUUUUUGCAUCCCAGCCGUCUGCAUUCGACAUUGGCUGCAAGCUCCAUCGAUGGACAGCCCAAACAGACAUUGGCCUAGUCCAAGAUGGUGUCAAGGUCACGCUUCAUGUCCAGAAGGUUAUCUCAAAAGGGGAGCCUCAUGGCGUUGAAGAAUUCGUAACAUUGGGGGUCCUAGAUUGCCGCAUUGACGAGGGCACGGGAUCUUUUGCACGGCCCGUGAUUGUUUUGGAUCACACCAACGGUUACUACCGCCAUCGAUCCACAGGCUUGAUGAUGAUAAGGCCUGAAGCCGAGCCUGAGGUGGUGGAAAUUGUGGGGACUCACAAGCCACUGAACUUUCACUAUGAAAGGCCGCUGAAACUAUCGGGAGUGAAGGUAGAUCCCGCGGCAUUUGAGCAAAAGUCGAUCACUCUUCGACAUCAUGACGUUGUUGGAAAUAUGCAUGGUCGUGAAAGAAUUCUCCAAUUACGAUUGGGGAAGAUAACUCAACCUGAAACGGGGCAGAAAUACAAGUUUGGGCCCCGGCGUAUAUCGCCACACAAGGAGAUUCUAAGCAUCAACCUCUCGAGCUGGAAUACUAUUUUUGUCCAUGCUGCAGUAUUUCUCUAUGGGCCUCAAGAUGGAGAUUUGUGCUCCCAUCUCCUACUUGUCGGGCUUCUCUCAAGAGCUCAGGAACGAGAAAGUGUCCUGUGGGAUCGUAUCAUUCCAACGGGGCCGAUUCUCAAAAACAAGCUCAGAGAUUGGCAAGGAGACAAUAUCGAAGGACUCUACUCAGAAAUAUUAUCGGCGGAUUAUCUUGAACCACUGCUGAUGGAAUUCUACUACGAUAACUCGGGUACGGAGCUCGAUGUGAGAAACUACCUUGGCCGGGAGAAAUAUUCAUAUGUUACUCAAGAUGGCGACACAAUCCAACCCCGAUUCGAGCUUGUUGAGUUUCUUGGGGAUUGGUUGUACGAAGUAUGGCUCACAGUUGAACGAUUAGGCGAGGGAGAGGAGAUAACAAAUAUAGGGAUUCUUUAA